GCCAUGGAAAACUGCCUUGUCCCCAUGGCUCUCGCCAUACGCCAUGACAACUGUGUUCACUUUUGAUUUUGCCUAUUUGAGAUGUAUUUGAUUUCUCAAAGUUGAUUCCAUUUUUUCCAUGAUGAUUCAUUUAUUGACACAAACUAUUAGGAAGCGAAAACUCAUUCUCCUUUGGGAGAAGAGAGAUGUAAGAAUCAAAUGUGCAUGGAGUCUCCAGCUUGUUGUAUCAUUGCUGAGCUUUGUCAACAAAUUGGCUGACCAACUAACAAAGGUUCCAAAAGCAGUCACCUGGGCGGAAGAAUUCCUAGCAUCUCUUAAGGAUGAUGUUCCGGUAAAGUAUGCUCACUAUUUCAAGUAUAUUGAAAGACAUUGGUGUUCAGCAAUGGCGUUUUGGUUUGAGCCUGUCAUUAUCCUGCAGCUGAUUAAGGCAUUGAAGGAGUCAGCCCCCCUAGUCGAUGUUUUUCACAAGUAUUCAAAAGGAGCACAGCUUUUACGUUGUUAGGAACGAAUGAUUCGUAUAAAUAAAGAUCCUUUGCUGGGGUCGGUUGUUGAGAGUGAUCCUGUUAAUAAGAUGAGGUUUGUGUACUCCAAGAGACGCAUGAUUUGUUAUGUGGUAGAUCUAUGUCUCUUAGCAAGCAAGAAAUGUGGUUUAGUGCAACUGUUAGUUUAUUAGGUUCACAGAUUCAUUAUGUUGGUGUAUUGACAAACUAAUACUACUCCCAAAAUAGUCAUGUUUGGUCAAUCAGUCAAUGUAUGCUUUUCAUUUUUCAUGUCAUACAAGCGCACAACUCUCCCUAAGUUGGAGCAUAUACUUUGGAUUAAUUAAACAUUGCCAUAGUUGUUACGGCGUCGCGUAUGUGCCGACUAGUAGUCCUUGCGGUGGAGGAGUGACGCCGUGAUCAACCGACUCGGGUGAAGCUGUCAAGACGUAACUUGGUGUUUGAUUAGACGUCUGGAAGUCGUCAUGGCGACACCCAGGUCCAGUAUUCACUGACUGACACGUCAACUCGAACCCUAGGCCCUGCAACCCGUCGGCCAGGUCAUCACCUCUGGCACUGCUGCUGGUUGACGCCGCCAGUCUGGCUCCAUCUCUCGCUUGUUCCUGAUUUUGUUAUUCACUGCCGUCCUUUGGUUUAUUCUACUUUGUUUGUCUGAACUUAUCUUUUAAUCUUUAGCCCGUGUUAUACGGAGUAGGGGUUUCUUACUGGACACUUUUUAUACACAGCUGGAGUCCAUCUAGUAUUUUAUUUCCAUCCCUUUGAAUAAAUGUCUGCUGCAAAUUAUUGCAGAUAAAUGUUGGCAGAUUAUUACCUUUGUGGAAAUUUAUAUUGGACAUUUGUUGUAGAUAAAUGAUUAAAUUGUCAGAUAUUUUCUCAUCUAUUAUACCUUUAAUUUAUUUCCUAAUUUUAAUUUUUAAUUUUAUUUAUUUAUUAUUAAUAUAUUAAUAAUAAUAAGAGAGUGUUCAAUGUCUUCAUUACUUGACCAAUGAUUGUGGUGAUGUCGAGGGUUUGAAGAAUGUGCUAGCUGAUAACUAUCGUGAAGAUUCGGCAGAGUAUAUUGAUCUAUUUGAAAAUGUAUGAUACACUACAAUCGUCCAUUGUUGUGAUAAAUUAUGUUGCCUUGAAAGCACUAACCUUUUUCUCCCUAGAUAGAAAAAAAAAUGAUCUGCUUCUUCAAGUGUAUCUUGAGAAAUAGUUUUGAUGAUAACUAUGAUGUUAUAGAUAAUAUUAUCUUAAUAUUUGAUGAUAAAAUUGUUAUUUAAGAGUCUUAA